GCUGCGGGCUGCAAGCUGUCAGAACCCAUCGGCUGGCGGGCGGCGGGAUUCGACGUCGGUGCUGGACCUGGCUGACUGAACAUAGAGCCGCGGCGGUGACUGAACCAAGCGCGGCCCGCGUUCCCGGUCAGGUCGCACAGGCGAGCAGCGACUAGCGGCCGGCCGCAAGGACAGGAUGGGGAACAGGGAGAUGGAGGAGCUGAUACCCCUGGUGAACCGUCUGCAGGACGCCUUCUCGGCGCUGGGACAGAGCUGUUUGCUGGAGCUGCCGCAAAUCGCGGUGGUGGGUGGUCAGAGCGCCGGCAAAAGCUCUGUGCUCGAGAACUUCGUGGGCAGGGACUUUCUCCCUCGAGGGUCAGGCAUUGUAACGCGGAGGCCUCUUGUGCUACAACUGGUUACUUCCAAAGCAGAAUAUGCUGAAUUUCUACAUUGCAAAGGGAAAAAAUUUACAGAUUUUGAUGAAGUUCGCCAUGAGAUUGAAGCAGAAACAGAUCGAGUGACUGGAAUGAAUAAAGGCAUUUCAUCCAUACCCAUUAAUUUACGAGUCUGUUCUCCACAUGUGUUAAAUCUAACCCUUAUUGACCUACCUGGAAUUACUAAAGUGCCUGUGGGAGAUCAACCACCAGAUAUUGAGUAUCAAAUCAGAGAAAUGAUUAUGCAGUUCAUCACCAGGGAGAACUGCCUGAUUUUGGCUGUUACCCCAGCCAACACUGAUCUUGCGAACUCGGAUGCAUUGAAGCUAGCUAAAGAAGUUGAUCCUCAAGGUCUGAGAACCAUUGGAGUCAUCACCAAGCUGGAUCUUAUGGAUGAAGGAACAGAUGCCAGGGAUGUUUUAGAGAACAAACUGCUGCCUCUACGCAGGGGUUAUGUGGGGGUGGUAAACCGAAGUCAGAAGGACAUAGAUGGGAAGAAGGACAUUAAAGCUGCCAUGCUGGCAGAAAGAAAAUUUUUUCUCUCACACCCGGCUUACAGACACAUUGCUGAUCGAAUGGGGACCCCACACUUGCAGAAGGUCCUGAAUCAGCAACUCACCAACCACAUUCGAGAUACCUUGCCAAACUUUAGGAACAAACUACAGGGUCAGUUGCUCUCCAUAGAACAUGAGGUAGAAGCCUACAAAAACUUCAAGCCAGAGGACCCCACCAGGAAGACCAAAGCCUUGCUGCAGAUGGUUCAGCAAUUUGCUGUGGACUUUGAGAAGAGAAUUGAAGGGUCGGGGGAUCAAGUGGAUACCCUGGAACUCUCAGGGGGUGCUAAAAUCAAUCGUAUUUUCCAUGAACGCUUUCCUUUUGAAAUAGUAAAGAUGGAGUUCAAUGAGAAAGAAUUACGAAGAGAAAUAAGCUAUGCAAUCAAAAACAUACAUGGUAUCAGGACAGGGUUAUUUACUCCAGACAUGGCAUUUGAAGCAAUAGUCAAAAAACAAAUUGUAAAGUUGAAAGGGCCUUCAUUGAAGAGUGUAGAUCUGGUAAUGCAAGAAUUAAUCAACACCGUCAAGAAGUGUACCAAAAAAUUGGCAAACUUUCCCAGACUCUGCGAGGAAACAGAAAGGAUAGUUGCUAACCACAUCCGUGAGAGAGAAGGGAAGACAAAGGACCAGGUACUGCUGUUGAUUGACAUCCAAGUCUCCUAUAUCAACACCAAUCAUGAAGAUUUCAUUGGCUUUGCAAAUGCUCAGCAGAGGAGCAGUCAGGUUCACAAGAAAAACACAAUUGGAAAUCAGGUGAUUCGCAAAGGGUGGUUAACCAUCAGCAAUAUUGGCAUCAUGAAAGGAGGAUCUAAGGGAUACUGGUUUGUCCUUACUGCCGAAAGCUUGUCCUGGUACAAAGAUGAUGAGGAAAAAGAAAAGAAGUAUAUGCUCCCUUUGGAUAACCUGAAAGUUCGGGAUGUGGAAAAGAGCUUUAUGUCUAGCAAGCACAUCUUUGCACUCUUUAACACAGAACAAAGGAAUGUAUACAAAGACUAUCGCUUCCUUGAGCUGGCUUGUGAUUCACAGGAGGAUGUGGACAGCUGGAAAGCAUCGCUACUAAGAGCGGGGGUUUAUCCUGAUAAGUCUUUAGGGAACAACAAAACUGACAAUGAUGAAAAUGGCCAAGCAGAAAACUUUUCCAUGGACCCACAAUUGGAGAGGCAAGUGGAGACCAUUCGCAACCUCGUAGACUCAUACAUGUCUAUCAUCAACAAGUGUAUCCGAGAUCUGAUUCCAAAAACGAUAAUGCACCUUAUGAUCAAUAAUGUUAAAGACUUCAUAAAUUCAGAGCUCCUAGCACAGUUGUAUUCUUCAGAGGACCAAAAUACUCUGAUGGAGGAAUCUGCUGAGCAGGCUCAGCGCAGAGAUGAGAUGCUGCGAAUGUACCAAGCCCUGAAAGAAGCCCUUGUGAUCAUUGGUGAUAUCAACACAGCCACCAGCUUCACCCCUGCACCGCCUCCUGUGGAUGACUCCUGGAUACAGCACACCCGCAGGUCACCCCCUCCAAGUCCCACCAACCAAAGGAGGCCGACACUGAGCGCUCCCCUCCCUCGGCCCACAUCCAGCCGCGGGCCUGCUCCAGCCAUUCCCUCCCCUGGACCCCACUCAGGGGCUCCCCCAGUUCCUUUCCGCCCUGGCCCGUUACCCCCUUUUCCCAGCAGCAGUGACUCUUUCGGAGCUCCUCCUCAAGUUCCCUCACGGCCUACAAGGGCCCCACCCAGUGUUCCAAGCCGGAGACCACCCCCUUCACCAACUCGUCCCACUAUAAUACGUCCACUAGAAUCCUCCCUGUUAGACUAAAACGAAGUGUCUGGCAUGGCAAUUAAUUACUAAUUGAGUUAUGGGAAAGCAACACAUUUGAUAAGCGCUGCAGUAAAUCAUGAGUGUCGCAUGUGGGACAUCAGUAGGCAAGUAACCUGUUUCACUAAUGCGUUCAUCACUCAUCUCCAUUGCUCAUGACGUGUCAGACCUCGGGGGUUUGACUCUUGAAAACUGCUGAACCAUCAAGGCUUUCUAUGUUGAAUUGACCAAGGUAGGUUUGUACCGCAACCCUACACUGGGGACCAUUUGCCUGCCCUGGCAUAUGUUUGAGUUGCUUUGGGUAAGCUUCGCAGAUUACCAUCAGGUAACCCACUAAAUAUAAUUUUUAAGUGAUAUGAGGUGGUGAGCUUGCACCAACAAAGCCAUAAGUAUUUAUUCUCCCACAUUCCAUUUUGGCUGUCAGAAAUUAUGUUGCCUAUUAAUAAAGUUUCUGCCUGCCCCAUGGUUACCUAUGUUUUAGUUCCUUUCUCCUUCCUUUUAAUUUCAGGAGACUACUAGGAAGUGAUAUUUUUAAAUUAAAAUUCCUUAAGAAUAAAAGUUUUCCAGAAGCACAAGAUAGUUUACAAAGGGAAAGUUAAUGUAUUGCUUGCUCUAGAGAGCUUCUCAUGCAAAUAUGUUUUUGCUUCAUGCUAGAAACAUAUUCAACAGCAAGUUAAAACUUUUUUUGGUACUCAGUCAGUUUAGCUAAUUAGCCUCAGAGCUCAAGGAAGAAGCAAAAUAUCACAUCUCUGAAAGUGUCCGGGAAAAUGUAAUUUCUUUACUCACUUACUUAUUCAGCUUCUUGUAGGUUACAGUAAAGGCUGACAUAGAAAAUAUUUAACUUUUCAUAUUGAUCUAAUUUUAUGCAUGACUAACUACACUUUAACACUAACUCCAAUUUAUUUAAUUUAUUUAUUUGAUUGGAAAAAUAUUUCUCUUGCCAUACUAAUAUGCAAUUCCCUUAUGCAAAAAGUUAUUCUCCCUUUAAAACAGGCGUAAUAUAACUUUCUCUCCACUCUGGGUUUUCUUAAUAAAUACUGAGCCUUCCCAUAGUAAGGCUAACCAUAUUUAAAGAAUGGGGCCUGGAAUGGAAAGAAAAGUCAUCUAGGGGAGACGCUGUGAUUUAAAAGCAAGGCUACAGGUUUUACAGUUAUACAACUUCAGGUCUUCAUGCAGGUCAUUCCCGAGAACAGCAUUAAGACAAGUCGAAAGCAAAUUGGCAAUUUAUAACAUUUCCAAAAUUUACUAAAGCAGCUUAGCCAGGGGUUAAUAGUUCAGCCUUGAGACUGGGUUUUGGACUACCUAGCACCAGAUGAUUAGCAUGUAGGAAACAAGCAGAAGCCAAGUGGGAUUUUGUCUGCUAACUGUUCCCAGACAGCAGAGCAAACAUUCAUGGAGCAGUGGCGUCCCAUGACGCUGGUUCAUAUUCUACAGAAGUACUUCAGGUUUCACCAACAGAAAUGUCUCCCUUUGAAAGCAGCAAACAUGAUUUGUAUGUUAACUUUAAUUUCCUGUGCAGUUUAUACCCACAGCAGACACCCAUAAAGUAUGAAGUAAAAGCUUUUAACCAUUAUUAAAAAGAGAACUUGCCAAGUUGAAUGGCAUUGUAUUGAACUUGCUCUAAAGGGUUGAAGUUAGCCCACUUAUCAUAGGCAAAAGUUAGAAAAUAUAAGAUUUACAAAGGAGCACUUCAUCUUUUGAUUUAGAUGUGAUUUUAUAAGGGACAAAGAGACAGCACCCAGAAUCUCCUCAUAUCUCAUUUUCCUCAUUGGUGGAAAUACAUUUGAAUCUUUGAGAAUGGAAUAGACAUGCAAGAUACAUAUUGCACUUUAGAACAGGCUCGCAGCUAAAUGGAAAUAUGUUAAGUAAACAUCUAUAGUAAAAUGAAUAAUAUUCAGUGAAAUCCUUCAUAAAAUUCUCUUUUUAGGAUUCCCUUUGCUUCUUCCCUUGAGUUCUCUAAAAUAGGCAGCUAACGGAUUAUAUACUUCAGGGUUUGGCUUUGUGCUAAAUGUGGUUUUGCAUUUUGCUGUAUUUCAAAAUUUCCUUCUGUUAAAGGAAAAUAUUGUGGAUAACCACUGGGGCAUUCUUAGAUCAGCACAAACCAUGUCAAAGAAAAUUGAAGAUUUUUUCCCCAAGUUUCUUUCCACUGACCUUCUGCAGUCAUAAACAAUGGCAUUUGUCAUCUUGGGCUUUUGCUCUCAGAUUGUAGUCCCACAGCUUCCUUGUCCCAUCGUCUCUCUUUGUGGGUACAUCUUUGUUCUCUUUUUACCUCUAAGUUACCUCUAAGAACCCAGCCUCCCCAGGAAAUUCAGCAAUCAUGUUGGAUAAUAUUUUCAUUUUGCUGCCGUCCUCUAUCACAGUAACAGUAGGACUUCCAUUUCCCAAAGGAUUUGCGUCCUGCUUAAAGGAGAUGUCAAUGUGAAUGAAUUUGGAAGAUCUAAGAUGUGUGUAGUUGGAAGUGCAGCAUUCAUCUAAGGGCUUACGACGGGAAUGUGGCUUAUUGAAUUUUCUAAGCAUUUCCCGUUCCUCUCCUACUCUUUGGUGUGACUUCCUCUUAACUGAUUUCUCUGAUGUUAUCUACACAAUAGAUGUAGCCCCAUCGUGCCUAGUAUAAUAAAACAAUAGAUAGAGUGUUCUUAGGAUUUGGAACAAUAAAUUAGAUGUAUUUAUUUGCCAGGUCAACCCAUUUUAUUGUCACAUGCUACAUCUUGCAUGCUUAUGAACUCUGUGAAAUAGCCAUUUAUUCAACUGUGGACAGAUUAUUGAACUAGUAUUGUUUUAGAACUGAUAUUUUGAGUUUCUGGGAAUCACCUACCAAGAUUACUCUCCUAAAUAUUGCUUUUAGCUGUGUUUGUAACAUAGAAGAGCAAUAGGGUCUGUUUGUUUGCAGAUUGCCUAGAUGUCCAGAUACAAACUCAUUGUACUCCAAAACAUUACAAUGAAAAUUUUUUUUGUGAUAUAAAAGUCUUUUGAAGUUAGAACUUAAAAGUAGCCAUAAGAUUAAUUUUAUGACAUUUGACUAUAGACUGUAGCCAUAAUUCUCCAAUAUUAAAUGGGACCUAAUACCAGUAUGUGAUAAAUGUUCGUGUUUUCUGUAUACAAACACAUUUUCUAUGCAUGUGUCUCUAUGUAUACAAUAUAUGCAUAGUAAAUUCAUCCUGCAAGUAUAUGUAUUUUGUACCCUUUUGAGUAGGUAAGUUAAAAGCACUUGUUAAAAUGCUACAAGCAUGCAUCUAAGUGUAUGUGCUUUGUAUAUCUAUGUACAUGUAUGGGUACAAAUAAUGCAUACAUGUGGUUUGUAUCUGUGGGUAUUGAUAUAAUUUUAAAUUGUGCUAAACAAAAAGUAGCUUUGGAAGAUCUGCCAUAAUAUGAUAACAGUGGUUCAUUUCUGAUAGCAUACAUGAGUUGUACAAAAUUUUCCAGAGAUUUUUAGUAGUCAUUCUGAGAGGCACAAAGCUCAGAAUUACCACAGUAAGGUAGAGCAAAAUCCACAGGCAUUUGUAUCUAAAUCUACAGCAAUGCUAUCUAAGGAGAAAUUGCCUCUACCACUAGAGUUUGAUAAGUAUAAACUCUGGAAAAUCUCCUUUACGUUCUCUGAUUAGAAUGACUCAUUAUUCUUGGAUAACUACAUGUCAUAAAAAGCUAAUGUGGUCUACACAGUCAAUUUUUCUCUGUGCUAAAUGUCAUAAAGUUAAACAAAGGAACACAAUGAUGUAAUGAAAGUUGGGGAUUGUACUGAGUAAAGUUUCUAAAACCCCAAGAACUUUCAUUACUGGCAUGAAGGUAGAUCAUCCAUUAACUUGUUCAGAUAAAGAUUUUUCAUUUCAUAAACUGUAUAUGAGUUUGACACAAUUGGAAAAUGACAGAAAUCUCCACUACAUUCAGAUUCAAGGUUUGCUAGUAGGUCUCUGAAGUAUAGAACUUGAUGAUAUAAAUACAUGAAACUCAAGGCAUGAGUUCUGUACCAUUUCACCAAGAGGACUACUAGCUGUGAGCUCAGAGUUUAAUGUGAAUGAAGUUAGGUGAGUUUAGAGAAACAAUGAGUAGGUCACUAGAUUACUUAAUCCUUUCUUAAAAGUUCAAGUGUGUCUUUUAGAUAAUAUUAAGUCAUUCUGUCUAGUUGGCAUGUUUAAAAUUAUGUGGUGCUCAGUAUUGUGAAACUUAAAGGUAUUUUGGAGUAUAUGUAGCAUAUGCAUGGCUAUUUGUACAUAGAUGUGAGAAUGUGUGUUUGUGUGAGAGCAAUUGAACAAACAAGGCAGAAUCUCCUGUUUCAGACUUGUUCAUACUGGUAUCCUGGUGACACUUUUCUCCUAUAAGGUCUGGGCUUUUAUACAUGACUCAGCUCAAGACAUUUCUUUUUAAUUUUUACCCUUGAGUUCCUUAAACUUUGCUCAUGAUAUAAUGUUUUUAAAACAAUGAUAAAAUUACUCUAACUUCUUGUACUGUCUGUUGCCAAUUUGAUAAAAGAAAGUAUUCCUUUCAACUAGAAAUUCUACCAUUACUUGAUUUGUGUUUAAUUUCAUAUGUACAGCCUGGCUUGCUUAUAUGUUUCUUUUCUAUCCCUUUUUCAAAUCAAAUUCCUCUUUUACUUUCUGUAUGAAGAAAGGGUAUACAAAAGCAAAAAUCUUGUCAUCUCUGUUGAUUCCUCAAUGAAUUUGGGUCAGAAUACUUUCCACUGUCUUGUUGGCAUUUUCAGGAUUUCUUAAUGCUGAUUUAUGGAUGGACUCUGUGAGUGGAAUUUUUGAAGCAAGUUCCUAAAGCCUGUAUCAUUCUUGAAAGUCACAUGUACCUGUUGUGAAAAUGUGAUGUUGUAUUUCUGAACCUGAAAUAAACGAUAACAUGUGAAGGACUCCCCCCUUCUUCAUUCUUGUAUAUAUUUGAGUCAUGUCUGUGCAUUUCAGGAAGACCUGAGAGAUGUAAAACUUGUAAGUCUAUUGAUCAAAUUGGCUCUGAAUUACCAAUACAGAGGAUGGUAGCAUUUGGCAUUAGUGUAAUUAAUUUGGGGAAAGGUGAGAUUUUUAAAAAAUAAGCAAACUGGACAAAUAAAAGGCAGGAGAGUCGAAGACAUUUUACUCCUGAUUUGAAAUCAUUGUUGGACUAGUUUAAAUGAGCACCCAACCUUCUACACCUGAAGGGGUGAUGUGAUGUUUGCCAAGAAGAACUGUAACAUUUGGCCAUUAAUGAGGAAGUGUUCGUGAAAACCCCUAAGAAGCAGGAGGAGGAAAACUGCUCUGUUGAAAAGUUAGGUCCACAGAAGGCGUUUCUUACAGAGAAUAAUUGAGUCUCCAUGUAUUCCUUAGGGGUUAAGGGGGGAAAUUAUCUUUUUCACUUUCCCUAAUAGUCAGAGAAUUGAAGAGUGCUCAGUAAUUGCAUACACCCUUGUCCUGCACUUCCAGAAAAUAAAGACUCUUUUGUUAUAAGAGUCACAGCUAUACAUUCAGUAUCCCAGAUGGUGCAUCCAAAAGCAGAAAACCAAAGAGAAUGCAUACAGGGAAAGGAUGUUGGUUUAUUUUUGCUCUGUGUUCAGGAUACACUUAUUGUGAAAAUAUGCAUUGGGAAGACUGUUUUGUUGGCUCACACUUUUCUCAUUACUUCUUUCUAAUCUAUAUAUCUUCUUGAGUAGAGCCAUACAUCUUCAAAGAAAAUAUCUUAUUGGAAGAGAGAUUCAGGAUGAGAAUCAUUCAGGAUGAGAAUCAUGCUGUCCACUUGUGUUGUAUUUUGUAAAGGUAUAUGAAUGUAUAUUCCACUGCAUGAUUCUCUAUUCAG